GACGUGGUGCGAGUUGCACUGCAAAAUCGUUCGAAUGAAAACGACUUAUUUAGCUCAAAACAAUAGUCGAAAAUGAGUUUGGGCAAGCUCAGUCAGCAAGUAGGCCUACAGAGGUAAAGAGCAUGGAAGUGAUAUAUUUAGCUGGGAACCUAGCCAUUUAACCAUGUUGCCACUGCACACAGCAAGUGGUAGUUUGAAGUUGUUGACGUUCCUACCUUUUUCAGAUACUACUAUUAGUCUGUAGCCUGUUUCUUCAUACAGUCAUAAGGGUUUUCAAAGUUAACCUGUUGAAAAAUGUCGUUGCGACCAUUCGAUGCUUUUUUCCACCCCCUGGUUCGCCACCGGCCCUACCCAAUUCAUUUCAUGGAUCCGUUUCAUUGGCCGAUGUCAAGUCGAACUACUGAAGAUGACGAAUUUGACGAGUUCAUAAGGAACGUGGACAGCAGAUUCUCGGGAAUAUUAUCCAAUCUCAACAACUCCCCGUCAAGCGUUCGCAUGAAAGAAAGUGCAGGCGACCCAUCUAAAUUUGAGAUGAAAAUUGCUGUUCACGAUUUUGGGCCGGAUGAUAUCAAGGUUAAAGUUCAAGGCGAUAACUUGCUGAUUGAGGCGAAACGAGAAGAAAAACAAGAGAAGGAAGGAAUGUAUGCGCACAGCUACCGUGAGUUUCGAAGAACCUUUCCCAUUCCAGAAGGUGUGGAUAAAAAGAAAUUAAGCUCUGCAUUACAUGGUGGAGUUCUAGAAAUAGAAGCUCCAAGACUUGCUCCAGCUAUCGAAAAACCGCCGGAGAAAAAGAAAAUUGAAGUUACUCACAUGGAAGAAUAACUCUGAUAUCGUAUUCUUUUAUUGAAGCAAUUAUGUGUGUCUAUAGUUUAGCGUAUAAAUCAUUCGUUAAUUUGGGCAAUUCAUAUCCUAAGUUCAUAUCUUCAUCGUGAAGGGCAGCAGCACAAUGUUAACAAAGUGACCAAAUCAAUUUUCUGAAAUGAAAAAUUUUGAUCAAAGCACGCUUCAGAUGAAGUAUAUGGAAUUGCUUUCACACUCGCGUGCGUGGUGUGUUUCAUUAUUGUGACUUCUUUUGCAUAAAAUGUAAUUAUCUGUCACAUGUACAUUGUCUAUUAUUUGGCUUUUACUGGUGUAAUUCCUGUAUAUACAUGGUAAUAAACAUUCAGAUUCACAUUG